AUGCGUUUCGAGUCCAUCUUUGCUGGCGCGGCCCUCAUUGCUGCUGCCAUCGCCCAGAACAUUGCCAUCAACUCCUUCCCUGCUGACGGCGUUGUUGGUGGUCGUACAUACGAGGUCACCUACUCCCCAGCGGACGACGUGCCCACCACCUUCAUUCUCCGUCAAGGUCCCUCCACCAACCUCAACACCAUUAGCACCCUUACCACUUCUGCUACUGGCGGAAAGUUUUCUUGGACUGUUGAUGAUGAUCUGCCCAACCAGCCCAACUACGCGCUUGAGAUUCGCCGUGGUGACCAGGUCAACUACUCUGCCCAGUUCGGUCUGACCGGUGGCGACGACGCUGUUUCAUCCGCUGCCUCAUCCGCUCCCGCUUCUAAGGCUUCUUCUGCCGCUGCCUCGUCUGCGCCUCACAGCAGCUCUGCCGCCAGCCUCGACUAA